AUGAUACAAGCUCAAUUUGUCAUCGGUAUAAAAGAAAUUCAAUAUAAAGCUGUUGAUGACACAAACCUGACCACACUGCCCAUCAAUGUAGAGUUUGACCAAGUCAGUCUUUUGUCCUGCGCCUCACGUUGUUCAAGUUCCAACAAAACGUGCUACAGCUACAUCUACAACAAAACUACAAAACACUGUAGCUUGGGUUCCUGGCUAGUCCCACUAAAAGCUUCACAACAAAAAGUUCAGGGAAAAAUUUUCUCUACUGGAAAGUUCUGUAACACAACCAGAAACAUCACGGUUCUGUCUGAUGGUUCAAUUUCAGAUUCAGACUUGCUGUUUUGUACAGUUAACACUUCGUCGAUGUCUACAACAACACCACCACCAACAACAACAACACCAAUAACAACCUCGACUUCAACACCAACAACAACAACCUCGACUUAUACACCAACAACAACAACCUCGACUUUAACGCCUUCGAGCACCUCUAAUACAGCCUCAGUCCAGCAGCUUGACUCUUGCAAGGGUGUCAACAGCGCUGUCACUCGACCUGUGGUGACCCUAACCUCUGGACUUCAGGUCAUGUGUGACACAGUGACAGACGGUGGAGGAUGGACCAUUUUCCAAAGACGUGUUUCUGGGACUGUAGAUUUUUACAGGAACUGGACGGAGUACAAAAAUGGGUUUGGUGAUUUUAGUUCAGGUAAUUUUUACCUGGGUAAUGAGAACAUUUAUCUCUUAACAUCAAACCGUCAAACAGAACUGAGAGUGGAUAUGGUCUUCUAUGGAGCAAAUUAUUUCGCCAAGUAUUCCAGUUUCAACAUUUCUAGCGAGGCAGACGGCUACAGGCUACAUGUUGGUGGCUACACAGGAGAUGCAAGGGACAAUCUAGCUUAUCACAAUCGUAUGAAGUUCACAACAUUUGACCGGGAUAAUGACAAUAACAGUAUGAGAAACUAUGCUGUUGAAAUUAAUGGAGCUUGGUGGUUUAACGAUUGCUGCGAAUCUAAUCUUAACGGCCUUUGGGAAGGCUGUAAACGAGAAAUUUGGCAGGCCAUUAGAAUAUAUUACCAAACGCAAACAGAAAAGCAAUGUGGUAUUUCUAACGGUGGCCCCAAUGAGAUCCCCAUUGAGAUCCCCAUUGAGAUACCCAUUGAGAUCCCCAUUGAGAUCCCCAUUGAGAUCCAAAAUGAGAUCCCCAUUGUUGACGUGGGGUAUUCUACCUCAGCCUUGCUAAAUGUGAUUAUGGUACACUGA